CGCAAAAAGCUGCCAAGCACUCGCGCCGGAGCUGCAUUUGUGUAGAUUCGCAGCGAACGGACUCGUGCCAACCUCUGCGCCGCAGCCAGGCCCGAAAAAUCCAUCUAUAAAGUCUCGCAACGACUCAAAAAGCAGCGCACUCCCAGAGAGCCAGACUAGGAAGCAUAGCUGAGGAGAUGAUCUCCCUCCAGUCCAUGAAGCGCCCGCCCUCACCGCUGCAGCCGGAGCGCGAGUCCUCGUGGCGCGACUUCCGCGAAGCUGCAUCCGAGCGACGCAAACGCGCGAGACGACGACGGCUGGACGUGGCAUUCCUCGCGGUCGGGUGCGCGGCGGCCGAGCUGCCGGCGGGCGCGGCGCCGGCGCUAUUGCCCGCGCUGGCGGCGUGCGGCGCGACGUUCGACGGGCUCUGCCUUGUUGGCGUCGCGCACCACGUGGGCGUCGCCGUCGCUGCCGCGGUGGGCGUCACGAGCGGCCGCAUUGCGUUGGGCGCCGUGGCGGUGGCCUGCGCCGUGCUCGCGGCCGCGCCGCUCGAACGAACCGAAUCGUCGACGCUCGCCGCGACGCUCGCCGUCGCGCGGUUGAUCGGCGGGUUUUCCGCACGCGCUGCUGCUGAUGGCCUCGGCGCGCGCGUCUCCGCCGCGGCCGCCGCGGUUACGACCGACGCCGAUGAAGCGAACACGGCGUCCGCGGCGCGAAAAGCCGCCCUGAUCGCCGCCGCGGCCCCGACGCUCGGCGCCUCGCUGGCGUUCGCCAUCGCCCUCGUGUUCUCGGCGAGCCGCGCGUACGACGAUGAGAUCACGGCCAUGGGCACGUGGCGCUACGCCUGGAGCUUUUUCGGUCUCAUUGUGUGUGCGGCGACGGCGGCCCUGCCGGCACCGCCAGCGCGGCCGCGGGGUGCGAGCGAAUCGGAGACGUUGGGUGAGCCAGUCUCGCCCCCGGCGGCUCCGUCGCCCGUGGUCACGCGCGCGGCGGUGGCGGCCGUUACUUUGGACGCGGGCCUCCGCUGCGCAUCGCAUGUAGGAGUGGUCGUUGCCGCCGCGGCGUGGCCCGACGACCAAAUCCGAGGCGCCGCGGUGGCAGCGGCGGCCUACAUCGGCGCCGUGCCGCUUGGUGCUGCGAUUGGCGCCGUCGCGUUGCGCUGCGCGACCGCGCGCGACAAUCGACGAGCAAAUGCCACGGAGACCCAACGCCGCGGUAGGCUCUUCCGGCUCACCUUGCCGGCGUCGCCGCGCGCGGGCCGCUAUGGAUCCAUCCCAGCUCGAUGGAGAACGGCGACCGAGCUCCGUCUCGCGGCCGCGCGGCGCCGAGCGGCUUGCGUCGUCGCGAUCGUGUUUUGCGUCGCGGCGCUCGCCGUCGCGAGCCACGCUAGCGGCGCCGACGCGCGGACGGCCGCCGUUCUACUCGGUGCGGCCGUGGCCGUUGCAUGUGGCUCGUUGCCCGCGCUCGCAGUCCUCUGCGGGAACGCCAACCCGACGGCCUCGCCCGGGUCAGCGCUGCUGCGCGCUUUUCCUUUGUGUAUUGCGGGGCUCGUCAAAUCAGCCGCUGCUUCUCCAGACGCGAUUGCGACGGCCGCGACCGCUACGGCGGGCGCCGCGCUACGCUGGUUCCCAGGCUUCGCGGCCGCCGCGCUCGUUUUCGCGCUCUGCGCGAGGCAUCGAACGCCAGUCGUCGGACCGCCGAGUCCGCCGCGGGCGCCGCGGGGAUACGUCUCGUUCCCGAUCCCGCAGACUCCUGCGGCACCUUAA